CUGCAGCAAUUAUCCUGACCUCAUUGCAUGUUAUAUAGGAAUGAUUUUUUGCAGACGUUCCGUCGCAUUCUCCACUACGCGGAAUAAACAUUUGUCGAGCCUUCAACGGAGCCAGAAGCGUACCAUUCUCAUGCACGUCGGACGAGCCAUUCCGCAACCCGCACUUCCCAUGACGAUAGUCGCCCGUCUGCAGGUGCGUGGAUAUUCCACGACCAGCGUUCCGGACGCCGCAGUCUCACGAACAAUGUUGCACACGACGAGCGCUCGCCACCACUCGGAGUGCCGUACGCUUCUGUUCCACACCACACUAAGAUAUCCGAAGCCCGCGGAGGGUGAAGGAAUCGUCUCGUCUGCCCACGGGAGACUACACUACACUCGCGAUGACCAUCUGUACCAUGCGGAUACAGAAAACGGGAUGAAGCGGAACAGUAUCUAUUGCGCGCGGGCAAUAUACAUGUCGGACGCUGCCAAGAGUUCUCCAGAAUGCCCUGCGAAACGUACGAACUGCAACCGUAGCGCUCCAGAACAGAUCUGAGUGAACAUUAGCAAUCACACUUUCGCACAGUAUGCAGGCGGACUCACCCGGCCUGUUCAGACAGACAAUGGCAGACGCGAUCGCAAUCACCCCAGACAUGAAGCCGUUUUUUAACGCAUAAUAG